AGUACGCAGGACAGUCUUAUUGAAGGAAUAGUGAACGGAGAAGCCGAGUUGGACUCCCAAGAUGCAAGUAUACAAAGAGACGGAUCAGUGCACGGGGACGGGCUCGCAGUUGACAGUGGAAUUGACCCGGAAGUGACGGAGCUUAUAAAUAAUGCAAACAUGGAAAUGUUGGCGGCAUUGGUUCUGAAUGGAGAAGGAUCAAGAUUAGUUGGUAGACGUUCAGGGAAUUCUGAACUGCAAGCGUUUUUAGACAAUGUUUCAACUUACAUGCAAAAAAUAAAUAAGGUUCACCUGGCAGCCAGGGAAGGUAAUAUUAGAGAGCUUCAAGCAGCGUUAGACCGGCGGAAAUUUGCCAUAGCAAGAGAUUCUAUCUCACCCAAUGGUGCCACACCUUUGCAUAUAGCAACAGUUUUUGGAAAAACUAAUAUUAUGAAAUAUUUAGGUGGAAGAUUCCCUGAAACGCUCUCAGCGGUGGAUUUUGAAGGCAGAACAGCAUUACAUUAUGCAGCUGUGUUGCCAGACAAUGGUCACUAUUAUAAUUUACUGCAACAGCUAGGAGCCAAUGCAAAGGAUUUAGAUGAUAAUGGUCGAUCGGCGGAAGAUUAUUACAAAACUCCAAGUUUAUUGCCGUUUAAUCAGCUAAUUGCGGACUUUGGCAUAGACGAGGAAACAGCCAAAGAAAUGUUAUCGGACAAAGGUACGGACCACGUCGCCAACGGCCAUAUGGACACUCCCAUCUUUCGGACCGACGAGGGCAGAUACCUCGCCAAGUCUCUCGGCGAUCCUUUGAUCAAAGGGUUGACCGAAGUGGCUAAUGUGAAGCCGAAGGACCCGGUGGCGUUUCUCGCGAGUUUCUUGCACAAUUUCCCGGAGAAUGAGAAACCACGAUUAGGUACGCAGGAAUCAAAUGUGUUAGUGACACACGGGCCGCCCGAAGUGGAGAACGAGCAGCCGCCACCAGAAACACACGCCUUGUCGAGAAGCGCGACGCGCACGGCGACCAGGCCACGGCCUAUUGAUGUUAUCACUGUGGAUCCCCGGACGGAGAGCAGCCCAGAUGCUCCAGAAGCAGCGUUCAGCAGCGCUGAUAGGGACGAACACGGCCAGUCGAUGCUCCACUUCGCGGCCGCACGCACACACACGCGCAACGCCCUGUUCCAGCUCCUUCAAGAGUCUGACGUCAACCUCGCCUUUAGAGACGAGUUGUACCGAACUGCGAGGGAUGUGUCUCUACAGGCCAAUGUACCAGAGAACACUGCUGAGAUAGAUCGAUGGGUGCUGCAUCUAGCUGCUAGAGGUAACAAGGAGAAGAUAAUGGAGCUGUUCCUAGAAGGCUACGACCACAUACUGGACGUCGUGGACGACGAGGGCGUGCCGAUCACCGACGUCGUGGCCAGUCGCGACACCGAGAUGAGCAACGUGCUUGCUUCGAUACCUGCUUUCGAGGACUCCCGAGACGCCCUUCACAGCGCGAUAAGAAGAGGAGACCUGACAGCGGUGGAGAGCACGCUGGCUGCCGAAGGCGGGCGCACCCUGGCCCGGGGGAAGAGCUCCUUCGGCAGGACAGCGCUCCACGUGGCCGUGCUGGCGCAGCACGAGGAGAUCGUGGCGCUGCUGGCUUCCAAGUGCCCGGAGCUGCUGCGGUUUGGAGACAAUCUGGAGCGCACACCCCUCCACUACGCAAUGGGAGUGGAAAAGAUGGAGUCCCUAAGCCGCGUCCUCAUCCGAGCCGGCGCCAAGCGUGUCCUGAAGGACCUGAAGGGGCGCCAGCCGUCCUACUACUUCAUGAACAAGUCCGAUGUCCUCAGGCUUAAGGAGGAGGAGGAGAUUUACUGACAGAAGCCGGCCUAGUUGCCGCGCAUCGUGGUCGAGGAUCUGGGAUGAUUGUUCUUGUUCUUUGUUGUCUUCUAAUCUGCCUUUGCCACAGAACUAGUAUAGGAACACGAAUUAUGCCUGAAUUAGACGGCGUGCGAACUCGCAUGCGAUUUUAGUAGGGCUGUUGAGGUUACAUACAAUUUCUCGUCUCGUAUGAGAGUUCUCGUACCGUCUAAAUGGGCCCUUAUUCAGUGGCAAAAAUCAGGACUAACCUACUGUUUCAUGAAUAAGUCAAACAUCAGGCUCAAGUAUGAGAUUUACUGAGAAUUAUGGAUUUCGGAUGAUUAUUCUAGUUCCUUUAUGGUCUUCUAAUGUUCUUGCACAGUUCCAAAGGGUAAUCAUAUCAAUAUCAAUAGUUAUGUCCGUAUUUCUAAUACGUAUUUCACUGCUAUCAUAACUGAAUUGAGAUUGAGAGAGAUUGAUUGAGAUAUCAUAACUGGAUUGAGACGUGAAUUGAGAUUUUUUCUAGCAAGAAGCUUCAAAUUGGUAAAUAUCGAAUAGCUCUCUAAAAAUCAAACAAUUUAAGACGGCAUGAUCAAUAUUAUCA